AUGCAGAAAGCAGUUCAAGCGAGUCCAAAAAAUAGGUUUGCCUGGCAUAUAUGGGCAUUAUUUGAAGCUAAUCAAGGUAACGUUGAAAAAGGAAGGAAACUUCUUAAAAUUGGGCAUGUUCUAAACCCAAGGGAUCCUGUGCUCCUUCAGUCUCUUGCUCUUCUUGAGUACAAGCAUUCAUCUGCUAAUCUUGCCCGUGUUCUGUUCAGAAGAGCAUCUGCAAUUGAUCCCAAGCAUCAGCCCGUUUGUUUUGCAUGGGGAUGGAUGGAAUGGAAAGAAGGAAAUAUAAACAUUGCUAGGGAACUCUACCAAAGGGCUGUUUCAAUUGAUAUAAAGAGUGAAAGUGCUGCCCGCUGCUUUCAGGCUUGGGGUGUUCUAGAACAGAGGGCUGGAAAUUUAUCAGCUGCAAGAAGGUUAUUUACAUCUUCAUUGAACAUAAACUCUCAGAGUUAUGUAACAUGGAUGGCGUGGGCUGCUUUGGAGGAGGAGCAAGGAAAUGCUGCACGGGCUGAAGAAAUAAGAAAUUUAUUUUUUCAGCAGCGCACGGAGGUAGUGGAUGAUGCUUCCUGGGUUACAGGCUUUCUCGACAUCUUCGACCCAGCACUCCAUAGCAUAAAGCGGCUGUUGAAUUUUGAACAUAGCCGCCCGGGGCUUUUAGGCAGCCAGGAUAUCUUAGGAAAGCUUCAGCAAUCAGAAUCCAGCAGCGGUGCGGAAAAAGCUGUUAUUCAAGGUGGCGACAGUUUCAACUUGGACGCUUUUAUUAAAGAAAAGUUAUCGUUGGACGCGUCGAAACUGGACGAGCAAAUGGAAAAAUAUGCGCCAAGGAAAAGUUCUCCAAUGAAAAGGAAUUUAUGGAUCAGAUCUGGAAACAAAAUGCACUCAACCAGUCCUCAAUAGUUGUCUAAUCUGGCUUAGUGCUAGCAUCUUAUUUAUAGCCAAAUUCUGUAUUAUAGUCUUCUGAUAAAAAUUAAGCCAGAUGCAAUUAAGUAUGAAAAUUUUAUUAGUCACUAGUCAACAUCUAUUCUCAAACACAUUUACAUAUGCCAAUAUCUACUUUGACUUGAGUUCA